AUGUAUUUUAAAUACAAGGGUAUUUUUUUAAUUUUUUUAAUAGUUAUAAUAAAUUGUUUUAAUAAAAUUUUUCUAUAUACUCACGCUUUAAAUAACAAUAAAAAUAAAUCAAAAAAUAUUCUAAAUAUAACUAACAACAAUAAUGAAUAUAAUGAUUUGUCAUCAUUUAGUGAAGAAUUAAUAAAAUCUUUUUCUUCUAUUUUAAAAAAAGUUCCUUUAAUAAUACUUAAGGAAAAAGUAAAAAAUCAAAUAAUAAAAGCUUCUGAUAAUUUGAAUCUACCAAAUCCAGAUGAAGAACUUUGUGAAAUUAAUUAUUCUGAAUUAUGUCCAGAAAAUUGGGUAAACUUUGGUGAUGGUAUAAAUUGUUUAAGUCCUAUUAAUUACAAAGGUUCUUGUGAAAAAAAAGUAUCUUUUAAAAAUGCAACACCAAUAAGUAAAUAUAAAUUUUCGAUAGAAUGUAAUGUAUCAUGGCCAUGUGUUGGAAAUUGUAUAGAAGAUUUUUCAAAAAUAUGUCCAGAUAAAUGGAUACUAAACAAAGAUAUUUGUGAAGCAUCAGAAAAUUAUAAUGGGAAAUGUGUAAAAAAAAAAAGUUUUUCAAAUUAUUCUGAAGCAGAAAAAAAAAUAUGGGGUGAUGAAUGUAAUGUAAAUUGGCCAUGUUAUGAUAAAAAUUAUGAUUUCAAUGUUUCAUGUCCUAUUAAUUGGAAAUUAAAUCCUGACCAUAAAAGUUGUUCAUCUCCUGAUUCUUAUAUUGGGCCAUGCGCAAAUAUUCUAUAUUUAUAUGAUUUAAAUGAAAAAGAAAAAUUAUCUUUAAGAAGAAAGUGUAAUAUUGAAUGGCCAAUUCAUACAAAAAACGAAUUUGAUUUAAAUUCAUUAUGCCCUAUAGGUUGGAAAAUAUCCGACACUGAGCAUGUAACCUGUAAUGCACCUUUAUCAUAUAAUGGUCCAUGUGAAAAAAAAAUAUCCUUUGAAUAUUUCAGUAAAGAAGAAAAAUAUGAAUUUUCACAAAAAUGUGAUAUACAGUGGCCAUUAUUAGAUGAAAAAUUUCAAAAUUUUGAUUUACCUUGUCCUUAUAAUUGGGUUUUAGUUGACAAAGAAGAAAAUAUAUGCGUAUCACCUAUAGAGUAUCAAGGACCAUGUGAAAAUAUUUUUUCUUUUAAAAACUACACAAAAGAAAUGAAAUCUGCUUGGUCUUUUUCUUGUAAUACUGUUUUUAUUACUGGAAAUGCAAAUAAUAUCGAAGAAAUAAAUAAACAUAGAGAAAAUAAAACCACAAAAAGUAAAAAAAUAUUUGGUAUAAUUAAACGGAACACAUUUAAUUCAAAUCCUUCCAUUAAUAACGGUCCAAUAGGUUAUAAAGGAUCCUUAUAUGAAGGAGAAGUACUAAAUGCUGAUAAUGAAAUAGAAUACUUACCUAACAAAAAUAAUUUAAAAUAUAGUAAUAAAAUAAUUGAAAUUGAAGAUAUUGGAGAUAGGAAUGAUAAAAAUUUCAUUUUAACAGAUGAGAAAAUUAAAGAUUUGAUUUUAUUAAAGGAAUCCUCAGAUGACGAGGAAUUUCGUACAAGCAUAGAUGAAACUAUAAGGGAUCUAAAAAAAAGGUAUUCCAAAGAAGCUUAUUUUUCGUUUAUUGAAAUAAAUAAAUUCAAUAAAUUAUAUAAUAAUAAAUUAGAAGAACGAUAUAAUUUAAAAGAAGAUAUUUGUUUAUACAGAAAUGAAAGUGAAUAUGAUGAUGAAAAUAAAUACAAUUGCAAAGAUGAACAUGAAGAUAAAGGUCAAGAUGAAAAUGAAGAAAAUAAAGAAAAUGAAGAAAAUGAAGAAAAUGAAGAAAGUGAAGAAAAUGAAAGUAAUAUUAAUAAAAAUGAUUUCAUUGAAGAUGAUAUAUAUGAAAGUAAUAUAGGAGAAAAUUUAUAUGAAGAUAACAUAAUUGAAACACAAAACUUAUAUGAAAAUUAUAAAAUUGAAAAUGAUAAUUUUUCUUAUAAUGAUAUAUGUCUUGAAAAAGACUAUACAAAAUGUCCAAUAGGGUGGACUCAGAUAAAUAAUAAAGAAUGUCUAGCUCCCAAAUCUUAUAUAAGAAGUUUAAGAAUGUGUAGCUCCAUAUUAAAUAUAGGAGAUAUAGUAAAAAAUGUAUAUGAUGUCACACAUAAUAUGUCUUUUGUAGUAAAUGACAUAGAAGAAAGAAAAAAAUUAGAGAAAGAUUGUAAUAUAAAAUUUCCUUGCAAGGAAUGUGAGAGAGAUUAUGUUCGAAUAAAUUGUCCUUUAGGGUGGACAGAUAUUGGUGAUGGAAACUGUAAAGCACCUAAUGACUACCCAUUUUACUUAAAAGAAUUGUGUAAUACUGUAGUUAAUUUUAAAUAUGCUUCUCCAACAUUUAAAAGAAAUUGGAGUUUUUUAUGUAAAUCUGACUGGCCUUGCUUUUCUGUAUGUGAAAAAAACUAUGGUAUCAUUUGUCCAUUAGGCUUUAAACUUAUCAAUGAACGAAUAGAAAAAAACGGUGAAAACAUUUAUGUGUGCUCUAAUGAAUACUGGAAAGAAUAUAAUAACACUGAUUUUGAUAAUCAAAUAAAAAGAAAUUUAUGCCAUGUUAUUGAAAUAUACAAUAGUACUAUUUUAAAGAAAGAAAUUGAAAGAAAAUGUAAAGUUACAUGGCCAUGUUUAAAUAAAUGCGAAGAAAAUUUUUAUCAAUCAUGUCCAUAUAAUUGGCUUUUAAAAGAUAAUAAAUGUAUUGCACCAUAUUAUUAUAUUCCACCAAAAGGAUGCAAAAACUCAUUUGAUAUUUUAAGUUUUAAUAUUUUUGACAAAUAUCUUUUUUCAAAUAAAUGUUUUGCUCCUUGGCCAUGCAAACAUUCUUGCCAGCAAGAUUGGUCUAGUGUUUGCCCAGAUCAAUGGAUAUUAACAAAAAAAAAAAUAAAUAACAAAAAAGAUACUAGAUAUUUUUGUAAAUCUUCUGAUAAAUACAAGGGAAUAUGUAAUGAUGAGUAUGAUUUAACUUAUUUCACUUUUUUGCAAAAACAAGAUUUUUCUUUUAAGUGUAGUGUUAAAUGGCCUUGUGGAAGCUCCUUGCAUCAUUCACAAAAUUGGCAAAAAGAAAAUAUUUAUAAUGAUAUGAAUUUUAAGAAACUAAAUACUCUUAGAUUUUAUAAUCCCUAUUAUUUAUCUAAUUAUAUGAAAUAUAAAAAUUCUUUUUUUUAA